UACAAAAGAGGGGUAAGUAAGACAGCUAGAAACACUCCAGCCUUUACUUACAUACAUCUUUUCUUUUUAGAAGAAUUUCCACUAAACAAUGCCGUGGUAUCUAAGUACAUUCCGAGUAGGAUUUUCUAUCAUCUAUUCUUACUUUGCUUAUGUCCAGGUAAGGUGGAUUGCUGACGCAGAGGAUCGUUAUCGCCGCUCCAUGACGUGGAAGCCUGUCGUCGGGACGAUUUUAGAUCACAAGAUUGUCAUGAAGCGUGGAGGUUCGAGCCAAGUGCGGUAUGGCUUCAACGUGAAUGGGAAAGACUAUGUGGGCGACCGCUUUCGCAGCGGCGGCGUGCAUAAAGAGGAAAUGGUACCAAACCCGACACUUCUUGGGGCCGGAACGCAGCUUAUUGUUUACUACAAUCCGGCAGAUCCGAGUGAGAGCGCUAUCAAGCUUCAGGCGGAUCGUAGCGCAGAGUCGAUUUUCGUUAUCGGCACCGUGCUUUCGCUUCUAUUUUCGUAUCGUGCCGUUCGUUGCGAGACGAUUUUACCCAACAUGUUUUAUCGUUUUUUGGGUGCAAACAGACAGAGGGGCGGUAUUUCGGGCCUGCGCCAGGCUCGGCCACAUGCUAAACAAAAGAUGAAGUAUGGCAAAUAUACAGGAGCACUUUAGGUCACUUGUGGUGUGGUCAAUUUACCCACUUAGUUCUCAACCGUCAUUCACUUUGUUACCUAAGCAGAAUACCGUAACCAAGAAGACAGAGUAAUGGUUCAGCAAUAUCAUGU